AUGAUUGCUCUCAUUUUCCUCGUGAUCAUAUCGAUUGUGGCCGGUGAAUCGUGUUACUCGAACGAAAAUCAAAGAUGGUACCGUGAUGGAGAGACUUUCCGUACAAGUGAUUUCAAAUAUUACUGCACUCGUGGGAAUUUGCAGAUCAAAGCUUGCAUUCUUCCCGAUGCGAAUGAUCUUGCGAUCGGUAAACGAGGAUCGGCUCGUGGAGUCUCCUAUCGUUGUGUGGACUACUUUAAUGGGGAAAUUCGACUCGAACGAGAACGUGAUCAGCAAUCCUAUGAUCCGUACAGAAACACCAACGAUCGCCGAGUGACCAGCCGCUACGAUCCACAUAGAGCACCCAACGAUCGCCGAGACGAUCGUCACCGCCAAUACAAUCCCUAUGAGAGCCCGAGUCAAGAGCGAAGCGGGGGACCAAUCGAGAUCGAAUACGAUCGCUCUGGAUCGAAGAGCGGUGGAUACGGGAGUAGCUAUGGAAACCACUGCACCGACAAGAAGGGAUACAGAAGAAAUGCUGGAGAGAAAUGGUUUGAGAACAGCAACCUGCAGAUGAUUUGCCGCGAUGGACAAACGAAACUUUACUCUUGUGUCGCAAAGAGCUCUAGUGGAGACGUCGAGGUUUUCCCGAAUCAAAACGUCGUUCGCGGCAUCACGCGUCACAUCUGUGAAAUCCUGCCAACCGGCGUCUACCGCUACCGAACCACCCACUACUCGAACGAGAAC